AUGACCCGACUUCUCCUGGUACUCUGGGCAUCGAUGGUGUCUGUGGACCUCGCACGAGGCAUGAUCAUCUACAAGGGACCAGCCCGAAACCUGACCUGUUUCCACUGCUUCAAUGUUUCCCAGGCCAGCCAGUGUCGGCCAACAGAGUGUCAGUCCAACGAAAAAGUCUGUGUGAGCAGAGAGGUUCUCCUUAACAAGCGUAAAAACAGAAAAACUGAGAUCACCAAGCGCUGUGCCACCACUUGUCCCAAAACCAAUGAUUUCAAUCAGUUGUCAUUGAGCGGUAUUCAGGACACAAUCAUCAGAAGAUGCUGUUCAUGGGAUCAUUGCAACAGAGCACCUGGAAGUUGGGAGGGGUUCUGGUCCUUACCAGGUUGGCUCCUGCUGCCAAUGGGUCUGGCCCUCUUUUGCACCCUGUUGUGA